UUAGAUUUCUUCAGAGGCCCCACAGUAUCAAAUGUCCGACUGGCUGGAUUAGACUAUGUUCUACACUUCACUGCACUUAAUGGGAAGAUUUACUUUCGAAGUUAUAAGUUGCUGUUGAAGAAGUCUGGUUGCAGAACACCACGGAUUGAAUUGGAAGAGAUGGGACCCUCGUUGGAUCUGGUUCUGAGGAGGACACACCUGGCAUCAGAUGACCUUUAUAAAUUAUCUAUGAAAAUGCCAAAAGCCCUCAAGCCAAAGAAGAAGAAAAAUAUCUCCCAUGAUACUUUUGGUACAACCUAUGGAAGGAUUCAUAUGCAGAAGCAAGACCUAAGCAAAUUACAAACCAGAAAAAUGAAGGGGUUGAAGAAGCGACCUGCAGAAGGGAUAACAGAAGACCAGGAGAAAAACCCAAAGAGAAUUAAGAACAAUUGAUAGAACUUAGCCAACAGCUACAGUUUUUUUGUAGUUUGUUUACUUAAGAUAAUUCUUAAGUUAUAAUCCAUUCAGAGUUUCUUAUAAGAUUUCAUAUUUUUAUAACAUUAUGAUUUAGCAAUGUAUUAUUAUGAACAGUAAUAUACCAGUAUUAAGUUUAAAGUAAGCCUCUACUUCAGACACUACACCAUGGUGUGUUGUUUUUUCUAUGGUUCGGUAUCCCCUGCCCUCCCCAAACUCUCGUCUCUUAUUGGGUAGGUGGGUGAGGAGGGAUCUCCAUAACAUUGGUGUUGCAGGAAAUUUUUGGGUUAGGCAUUAAAUAAGGGAGAACGCCAUGGGAAAUAGAAAUGACCCAAAAGAGCUGUGUACACAUUCGGUAUGAACUGUCUAGAAAGUUAACCCUGUCUUCCAACAUGUAUCUACAGCCUGAUUUUUUUUUUCACUUUUACAUUGUUUUCCCUGAAAUCCUAUCAGUUGAGAGAUUCAUUUGAGAUUUUAAGCUUUGUGUCUUAAGAUAUAGAUCUCUGAGGGGGAUAUCCACUGCCUCAUCAUAGACACAUUACCUUACUAUUGAAUAUUUUAAGAGAUCUGCUACUAUGUGGAGCCCCACCUACCUUCUUGAAGAGAAUGGAAGUUUUAAUAGAAGUAGAAAUGAGAAAGGAGAGAAUAGGUGAGUUUUAAGUCACAGGCACUUUAGAGAACUGGGUAGCCCUUGGUAGCUAAAAGUUGCUUGGAGGCCUGGGGUGUUUGCAAAUGGAGUUGGAGUAAGCCUAACCGCUUGUUUUGAAAAUUUCUUGAAGACUGGCCCUGUGCCUAGGAAAACAGGAAGAAGCUUUCUACUUCCUCCUACUUGUUGCAUACUUGUUUCCCCAGAAUAGAGAAUUUAGGUUCCUUGAUUGAGUCCCUGGCAAAGAAGCUUCUUUAUGCAAGUGCAAGCCAGUUAUGUUGAAAAAGCACAAACAUACAUGAACCACGGUUUGUUACAUAAAGUAAAAAUGCUUUUGUUUUCAA